AUGGCCCUCGAUCAGCUGGCCUGGCAGAUGCGUACAUGGCCGAGGCUGCCAAUCUUCAAAUCCAGACAAAGGCGGCACUUUCGCUUGGUCGCCGUCGGCGUUCUGAUUUGUCUGAGCCUCGUCAUCUACCUGCUCUUCCUUCACCUCCGUUCCGGCCCCCGAACCUGGACCGUCGAGACCACCGUCCACCAAAAAAACACAAAGAGCUCGCACAGCCCUGCAUACCCCUUGAAGCCAUUUCCUGACUCGCCGCUUCAGCCCAGCCAACCGCCCUCGACCCACAGCAUGGCCCGCCGCCCGUGGCUGGCGGCAGUCAUAUGCGCGGCCCAGGAUGUUGAACGACGAAUGUUGAUCCGAUCAACAUGGAUGCGGCUGUUUCGACACAUCCCCUUCGAUCCCCGUUUUGUUGUGUCUAACCCGGGCCCCGGCUGGGCUGAACUUGUGAGCUUUGAAAAUAGCACCUUCGGAGACUUGAUUGUCCUCGAUCACAUCCCCGAGGACGACAUGACCGCCAACACCAUCAAGACGCUGGAAUUGUACAAGUGGCUCAUAAACCGCGGGCAAAAGUACGAAUUUGUGACCAAAUUAGACACUGAUCUUUGGAUGAACGCCCCUGCCUUCUGGCACAAGUACCUGCUCCCGCGGCUAUCCAGCGCCACGGGACAUCUGACAGCAACCGUAAACCGGACCGUCAUCGGACAGCUCUAUUUCUCGGGGUCGGGGUACAAUACCUUUGCGCAUGGCUCGAUGUACACCAUCACCUGGGACAUGGUGCAGCUGCUCGUUUCGCUGCAGGACCGCUUCAACGUCGUCACGGGCGAGGACGCAGCCGUCGGGAUCCUGAUGCACAGGGGCAAUGAAAUGGCAAACUUUGUCAACUUUCGCGGUGACGAGAAGUUUGACUACGACGACUCGGACUCUAGACAGGACGGCUCUGCAUGGGCAAGGUCCAGCACCCACUCUCAGGCGAUAUCACACGCCGUCUAUGGAAACAACGUCGUCGCCGUCCACAUGCUCAAGGACAAACGCCUGUGGACCAAGGUCGCCAACUGCUUUGACGAAGACGGCAUCAAGAGAAUGCCGCCACUGAUACGGCCUGAACGGAGCCCGUCGCUGGUUGUCCGCCUGAACGACUUUAUAUACUCGCUCGGCCUCUCACGCUCGUACGUAUCCAUGAUGGACACGAUUCCCAGAGAACUCCUCACCUACCGCGACGGCCACUGGGUGUGCGAUAAUAUCUGGGACCUAGGAACGUCGCAAGAAGGAUUCAACUCCUUGGGGGGCUGA